AUGGACGCCCCGACCAACAGCAGCUCGGCUCUGCCAGACUACUUCCUCGCCAGUGACGGUCUGGACUACGAGCCCGUGGACGAGAUCCCUGACACCACGCAGGGCCGGGCCUUCUUCGCGGCCACCAUUGUCAUCGCUGUGGUCCUGGUGGUCAUCAUGUUGGUCUGCGGGGUGGGAAACUGUCUGUUCAUCGCCAGCCUCGCUCGCUACAAGCAGCUGCGCAACCUGACCAACCUGCUGAUCGCCAACCUGGCGGUGUCCGACGUGCUGGUGGCGGCCGUGUGCUGCCCCUUCCUCAUGGACUACUACGUGGUGAAGCAGCUGUCGUGGGAUCACGGCUUGCUGCUCUGCGCCGCCACCAACUACCUUCGCACCGUCUCCCUCUACGUGUCCACCAACGCGCUGCUCGCCAUCGCUGUGGACAGGUACAUGGCGAUCCUCUACCCUCUGAAGCCUCGUAUGAAGUUCCAGACGGCGUACUGCGUGACCCUGGCGGUCUGGGUCGUCCCCGUCAUCAUCGCCAUCCCGUCAGCCUACAUGGCGUCCGAGACGAAGUACCCGCCGCACGUGGAGGGCCGCCCCCACAAGACCUUCUGCGCUCAGAUCUGGCCGGUGGACCAGCAGGUUUACUACCGCUCCUACUUCCUGCUCAUCUUCGCUCUGGAGUUCAUGGUCCCGGUGACUGUCAUGGCCGUCUGCUACGUCCAGAUCUCCAGGGAGCUGUGGUUCAAAGACGUCCCCGGUUUCCAGACGGAGCAGAUCCGUGCGAGGCUCCAGAGGCGACGGAGGACGGUGAUCGUGCUGAUCCUGGUGCUGGUGGCCUACGUGCUGUGCUGGGCGCCGUACUACGCUUUCACCCUGCUGCGGGACUUCUACCCCACGCUCAUCUCCAGGGACAGGAACUCCCUGGUGGUCUUCUACAUCAUCGAGUGCGUCGCCAUGGGCAACGGUGUCAUCAACACCCUCUGCUUCAUGAGCGUCCGAAGCAACACCGAGCGCAUGAAGAAGCCGGGCAAGUUUCUGCUGAGGCUGGUGACCUUCGUGGCCUCCAAGUCGGUGGACGACGGGGAGGCUCGGACCUCGUCUCUCCGAGUGACGGAGGACACACAGGGAGCUCGGCUACGGUAG